AUUUAAUUAUUUGUUAAUAAAGUAUAACAUUAAUUAAAGGUAAUAGGUUCGCCCUAGACUUUAAUUAAUGUUCGCUUAAUUAAUCUUAAUUGAAUAAAAUGAUAAUUAUAAGAUGAAUUAAAAUAUACACUUUUGUAAAGAAUAUUUCGUAGCGAGAGCUAUCGAAGUUUGGAAAUUAAAGAUAAAGUGGCUAAAAAUUGAGGAAAAUUUAGAGAAGUUAAAUUUAAUUUUAUAUCGUUCGAUGUUUUAUAUUACUAACGCUAUUUUUGUUGUGAACCAAGAAUGUUGUCGUUGUAUGUUGUCGUUAUAUGUAUUUAUAUGUUGUUUGUUGAUUAUGUUGUUUGUUAAUUAUGCCGUUGAUUAUUUGCUUGUUCGUUUGUUUAAUUCAUUCGUUUAUUCGUUCGUUCGACCAUGAGAAUGCC